UCUAUGACAAGUGGCAAUGGCGCAUUUUUCUUCCUACGAUUUUACGAUUACGAUUGUAUUUGUUUUGUAAUUGUGCAUCUGUUAUUUGUUACAUUAGUAAGAUAACAAUCUUGGUGUUAUUUUUAUAGUUAUAUUCAAUGAACAUCGUAAUUCAACUGUAUAAAACUGGUUAUCUGAAAACAAUUUGAAUUAGAUUUCCCGUUAUUGAUUUGCCGGCAAACCUUUAAGUUUUAAAUUGUUCUAAUGAAUUCACUAUUAGAUUACGGAUCUUCAUCAUCAAGUGAUACUGAGGAAGAUGAAACUGUGGAUGAAGAAAAACAGAAUAAGGAUGAAUCAAAACCAAAACUCCCUAAACCGACCCUCGGUGAAAAUAGCCUUCAAACUUCAGUUUUCUCUAAUCCAUUUGCUCAGGCCGAGUUAGCUAAAGCAGCCAUACUGGAAAAGCAUGUGAAAAUGAUUCCAGGUAAAGACAAUAUGCAGAUGAUAAAUGGAAGGAAGAUCUGCUGGAACUACAGAAAGGGUCGUUGUCGUUUUGGACACAACUGCAAGUAUGGACAUGAUUCUGACAUACUAAAAACAGAUGAAGAACUUAAAGCAGAGAAACAGAAAUUAAAAACUGUAGUAUGCGAAGGUGCUGGAACAAUGUCGUCAGCUCCACCACCACAAGUUGUUAUUGAGUCAACUGAUGACGAUGUUUGGGAAGGAGGAGUGGCUAAAAAGAAGAAGCGACCGGGAUUAACAACUGGCCUGGUACCAGGGAAAAAGGUUAUUAAGAUGUAUAAAGAACAAAAACUGAAAGAUGCAAUAAAAAAGCAAUAAAGCCAUACAUAUUGCAAUCAAAUUGAUGUAUUAUCACAAUUAUCAACUUUGAGUAGAACCCAAUAGGUUUUUCCCAUAUUGUUAAUCUUCUACUUCCAGAACUUUCUCUUACCUUACCAUAAUAGUUAUGAUUAUCACAAUAUUCCAAAUAUGAAUAAGUGUUUCCUGCAUUCCUUUACUAUAGCCCACUCGAUAUGUUCAGUUAAAACUGCAUGUGUGUUCAAUAUUGUCAGUUGAACUGCACAGUUAAUUAUGCCCACAAAUGCAUAUUUUUACUGAACAGUUUAGAGUGUAUGUAAGAGGCUGUAUGUUAAAUAUCUUAAUAUUUAAGUAAUAUUAAUUACUUUAACUAAGGUUAUAGUGAUCCUUAUUGUAACUCUUAAAGAAUUCUAUAAAUAUGUACCUGUAGUAUUCUUCCAUGUGAUUUUAAUGUUUGUAAGUCCAUAAAAUAUAAAAAUUAACAACAAAUAUGUGUUUGUUUUUCUCAUUAUAUUUGAAGUUUUCUAGCUAAUAUAAAUAAAAGUCCAGAAUAUCAUUGCAUGUAUUUUUUAUUAGGAAACGACGCGGAAAACAUGCAGCAGUUUAAAAUCUUUAACCCAAAAGGCUUUUAAUGGCACUAUGUUGUGUUGUUCACUAAUACAUUGAACAUAUAAAUUGCAAAAUCUUAUAUGAUUAGCAAUUGAUGAGUUCUUUCAAAAAUACGACAGGGAAUUGAGAGUUUACUAAUUAAGACAAUUGAACAAGAAAUGAAGGGUUUUCCUUUUUUUAGUACACAACAUUUUGCCACUUUAAUGGUUGCAUUAAAUGACAUUUUAAAAGGAUUUGCCUCUAAAAUUUACUACAAAGGUACUGAUAUCACUACAUUAAGCACAGCCAUUAAAAUUAUGUCCGAGGAUAAAACUGAACCUGCGGAUAUUGAAUAGAAAGAGAUACGAAAUAUAUUCAGAAGUCUGUCCAGCAGAUAACUAUGGAACAGUCUUCAUAUUGCUGUGCUAACAAUAUUAAUUUCAUUGAUGCAUUAAAAAUAGUGAUAAAUUGCACUGAUAUAGUUUUAAAUAGAAAGUCCUUUAUAUACAGAAAUAAACAAUUAAAAUGAUUAAAUAAAUAGCAAUGAUAAAAAUUAAAAUAAGUACAUUCAAAAUCAUAUUUAUUUGCAGUCACAAAAUUCAUUUUUAGGUAUGUAGACAUUUUUUAAGCGAAAAGUUUUGUUGCACUACAAGUUGCUUAAAACAAACGGAGACUACAUUCACUAUGACGAUACAACAUCAAGAUCUUUAAAUUUUUAUUUCUAAUUCAUGAAAUCGAUUGGCCUCAGCUAGCAAUAAAUAUAUUUUAAGAAUAAAAACUCCAUGGAGAGCAUAUCUUUUACCAACUUAUACAUAAAAAUCAUUGUUAAAUUCAUCUAUUAUUCUAGUUUCAAUGCAACAACGCUUAUUUAAAAAUUAUUGCGUUUAUUAAGUACUAUGACAGGUAUGCGAAAUACAUUCAAUACUGUGUAAAGGCACAAACAAUAUAAACGAGUUUACAUCUCGAUAUUGAAAUUAUUUUGCAAGGCGCAGUGUUUUAUACAUAAUAAUUCAGGAUAAAUA